AUAUGUUGGAAAGAAAAGAUUUUAGUCUUCCAUUAGUGUCGAAUAGUUUUCUUCAAAACAUUUUAAUUUUGUUAAUGGAAUUUAGAACUCAUUGUGGAGUCAUACUUGUAAUUUAGAUUAUAUUAAGCUAAAUUAUACUUCUUUAAAGAAGCAUGAGUUUAUUGAAAAAAAACACUAUCUUGGAUUUCAGAUUUGGUGCUAUAUAUGUGUUUUCUACUUGCUCUCAAUGUAGGUACACCCCCAGAAAUGCUCGAAGAAGAAAGUCAGUUAAAACAUGUUCUACCUACAAGUCUUGAAGCCAACAGUUUGAAGAAAAGCAAUUGGGGGUUCUUAUUUACUGGGAUUAUUGGUGGGACAGUAGUGGCUGUGUAUGCUUUAGCUACUCCAUUUAUAACACCAGCCCUCCGAAAAAUAUGCUUGCCUUUUGUACCUGCAACUACAAGGCAGGUUGAAAAUGUUGUGCAAAUGUUGCGAUGCAGAAGAGGAUCCCUGGUGGACAUUGGUAGUGGCGACGGACGCAUUGUGAUAGCAGCUGCCAAGGAAGGAUUCACAGCUGUUGGUUAUGAAUUAAAUCCAUGGCUAGUUUGGUACUCCAGAUACCGUGCUUGGCGAGAAGGUGUGCAUGGAUCCGCCAAAUUUUACAUUUCAGAUUUGUGGAAGGUUACGUUCUCGCAGUACUCAAACGUCGUUAUUUUUGGUGUGCCUCAGAUGAUGCCGCAGUUGGAAAAGAAACUUGAACUCGAACUUGAGGAUGAUGCGAGAGUCAUCGCUUGCCGCUUCCCUUUCCCGCACUGGAUCCCGGACCAUGUCACCGGAGAGGGGAUAGAUACUGUGUGGGCAUAUGACAUGAGCACUUUUAGAGGAAAUCAGAAGAGGCCCAGAAAAUUGAUGCAUUUGUAGUCGGUCAUUCCAAUAUAAACUUUACUGAGAGUGCUUUUCAGAAA